AGAUCUGUUGUACCUGAAAUUAUGCGUGCUGCUUUUAAUUAUAACAGUCAGAUUAAUUACAGUAUGUACGGAUAUAUUGGAAUAAUGGACGCAAUAUGUCCACAUUGUGAUGCGGCUAAAUUUCCAGGUGAAACGCCCUGCAUGUGUUGUGCUAAUGGCAAAGUGAGAUUACCACCAUUAGAAACUCCACCCGAACCAUUGUCUUCAUUAAUUUUUGGGACUUCUGAAAAUUCGAAGCUCUUUUUGAGUCAUAUUCAACAAUACAAUUCGGUAUUUCAAAUGACUUCUUUUGGUGCUACUAACAUUAUUAGAGAUAAUUUUAUGCCGACGUUUAAGAUUCAGGGCCAAAUUUAUCAUCAAGCUGGUUCGUUAUUGCCAUACCCCGACGCUGAUUAUCAAUUUUUGCAAAUUUAUUUUAUUGGUGAUGAAAAUCGUGAAUUGGAUCAACGUUCUGCAAUUGCUUUGAAUACAAGAUGAGAAAUUAUUUGUGUGCUACAAAGGUUUUUCCAUCAGCAUAAAGCAUUAGUUCAAUUGUUCAAAAUUGCUCUCGAUCGUAUGCCC